CAGGCUCGGCCCUAGCCCCUGCCAGGCGCGUCUCCCCCGGCAACGCGCCGCAGCCACCCGGGAUGCAGCCCGCGGGCUGGGCGGCCGUCAGGGAGGCGGCGGGCCGCGACGUGCUGGCCGCCGACCUCCGGUGCAGCUUCUUCGCCUCGGCGCUACACAGCUACAAGCGCGACUCGGUGCUGCGGCCCUUCCCCGCGUCCUAUGCCCGCCACGACUGCAAGGACUUUGAGGCCCUGCUUGCAGAUGCCAGCAAGUUACCCAACCUGAAAGACCUUCUCCAGUCCUCUGGAGACAAAGACAUACGGGCCAGGGACCUGGUGAGCUGGAUUUUAUCCUCAAAGCUCCUGACGAUCCACAGUGCAGGGAAGUCAGAGUUCGAAAAGAUCCAAAAGCUGACUGGUGCCCCUCACACGCCUGUCCCCGUGCCGGACUUCCUGUUUGAAAUUGAAUACUCCAACCCAGCGAACGCCAAAUUUUAUGAGACCAGAGGAGAACGAGACCUAAUCUACGCCUUCCAUGGGAGCCGCCUCGAGAACUUCCAUUCCAUCAUCCACAAUGGGCUGCAUUGCCACCUGAACAAGACGUCCUUGUUUGGGGAAGGCACCUACCUCACCAGUGACCUGAGCCUGGCCCUCCUUUAUAGCCCCCAUGGCCUCGGAUGGCAGCACAGCCUCCUCGGCCCCAGCCUCAGCUGCGUCGCUGUGUGUGAAGUCAUUGAUCAUCCAGAUGUCAAGUGCCAAACGAGGAAGAAGGAUUCCAAGGAGAUAGAUCGCAGGAGAGCGAGAAUCAAACACAGUGAAGGGGGAGACGUGCCCCCGAAGUACUUUGUGGUCACCAAUAACCAGCUCCUGCGCGUGAAGUACCUGCUGGUGUACUCGCAGAAGCAGCCCAGCAGGCCUUCCAGCCAGCUGUCCUGGUUUUCCAGCCAUUGGUUUACGGUCGUGCUAUCCUUGUAUCUGCUGUUGCUGCUUAUUGUGAGUGCCAUCAAUUCCUCAGCUUUCCAACACGUUUGGAAUCGUGCAAAGAGAUAAUCCCUCUGGGCCUAGUGUGGGGGCCUCCUUGACCACGUGCCUUACAAUACAACCUGUUCUGUACCCCCCGUGCCCCCUGUCCAACCAGGUGGAGUCUGGGGACCAGCUGGGGACCACAGGACAAUUUUCAUAUGACAUAAACAUAUUGAUUGCCUUUGAUGAUGCUCCCGGCCACACUCUGGUCAGUGGGGACCACCAGUCCCCUCACUCUGAGGUUUCAGGGGAGUCCUGUCUGCUCCUUCCUAAACAAUCCUAGGGAGUUGGCUCUUCUGCCAGGGCCAAAGGAAAAAGUCCUGCUGCAUUUAAAAACAGUGUCCAAGCUGUCAGUGGCAUGUUUACAAUCGCUCCUGGCAGACGUUGGCCCUUUCUCUAAUGCCUUCUGGAAGGCGGAAUACGUGUAGUGGGGACUAUAAAUCACUAGGCGGUUGCCUUGUUUUGACUUGAGACACCCAAGAGGAACAGUCCUGUUUCUCAUAAAAAUUGGUGGGAUCGUUUCUGAAUUCCGUCAGCCUUUGUACGUGAGUGCAAAACAUUUUCACAGUUUUCCCAAAUCCACAAACAGCCUUCUGCUACAGCUGUUGCCCCCCUGCCCCAACCAUGGAUGAGAAAGGAAGGAGCUAGAGGCCUGAUAAAAAAGACAGACUUGACAAUGAGCAACUCAUGUCAUCUUUUUCUAAAAAUUACCAACUGCUGAUUACAGCUGAAAUGGAAACACAUGUUUGUUUUCUGGGUUUUUUGGUGUUUUUGUUUUUGUUUUUUUUAAUAGCUAUUUGACAAAUUCAUGUCUGGGAGCUGAGUAAAAGGGGAGAUUUCUAAACCUAGAGCACUGUUUGGCCAGUGCCUGUAGUCUCUUUCCUGGCCAUGUUUUAGAGAAAGGGAUUUGCGCCGCAGGCCUACGUCCUGUUCUCAUUCUCACGAAGCUGCCUUGAUUGUGGCCUUUGAGCCACAAGUGCCACGCCACAGGCCUUCUGUGGGCUGCCACAAAU